AUGCCGGGCUACACGUUCAAGAGCAUUACUGUGGUGCCCUCAGCGAAGGUUUUCCCUUCUUUUUUCUUGAAAUUAUUUGUAGGAGUUUAUUGAUAUAGUCCUUUCAAAAACCCAAAGGAAGACGCCAACUGAAAUACAUAAGCAAUAUCCUAUACCGCGCAUUCGCAGUUUUUACAUGCGCAAGGUGAAAACAUGUCAACAAUUUUUCCAUGACAAGUUAAAUGCGAUAGUCACAGAGUUUCCAAUGAUAGAGGUACCUGAUUUUUUUCUUACCUGUCGGCCAGAAUAUUCACCCCUUCUAUGCGGACCUCAUUAAUGUGCUGUAUUCAAAAGACCAUUAUAAGCUGGCCCUUGGUCAAAUCAACACUGCCAAAAACAUAAUCGAUGGGUUUGCCCAAUACCUUCUGACUUUUGUUCCUUAAGUAUUGCUCGGGAUCAAGUGAAAAUGCUGAAGUAUGGCGAUUCUCUCUACCAAUGUAAAACUUUGAAGCGCACUGCGUUCGGUCGGUAAGCACGUAGAUGUCAUUUUGCUAAAAAGACCUGCAGCAUGUGUACUGUUAUAAAGCGACAGGCUGACAAUCUGAAAUUCUUGGAGGACACUCGCCAGCACCUCUCAAGGUUACCCUGCAUUGACCCAGAUACUCGGACGAUAAUUGUCUGUGGUUUCCCUAACGUCGGCAAGUCGAGCUUCUUAAACAAGGUUUGCAACAACCUGUCUACUUUCUUACCUCUUCCAGAUUUGGUUUGUCGAAAUGCAGUAGUGUGUGUUAUGUCAUGGAACGUUUUUAUGCUGUCAUACUUUCCUUUUUCGUUUCUCUAACCUAAUGCGAAAAUAACUUGCGUAUGUUGACACCAUUUGGAUUCCAAUAAAUCAUCUUACUUCUGAAUCCUAUACGCUCUCCAUGGUUUCAUGACUCAUUAUCGUUUCAAAAACGAUGAUAUUGCUAGUAGUCCACGCCCAAAACAUGUUCACGCCUGGUUUAGUUAAACUUUUUUAAAUCAUCAUUCACUUUUUUCCUGAGAUAAGGGACUCUAAAUACAAGGCAUCCUCUCCGACAGAUGACCUUUUUACUCGAUUGUGAUUGUAGCAUACUGUUUGGCAGGCGUGUCCUUAUUUUGCCGCAAAAAUGCACUCGGAUUUACUGUCUUCGCAGAACCCAUUGAAACACGCGGGUACCAUGGCAUCCUCGACCAUUUCUGUACCGGUCUCAUAUAAAUGCGCCUUCAUCGCAUCAUUUUUUUCUGUUAAUGACGCAACACUUUGUUUCUUUUUAACAUUACACUAAGUCAGCACAAAAGAACUAAGGAUAGGAGAGCCGAAUAUUCCACGUCACUUUGUUCAGUUUUCGUCUAGUUUAUAGUAGUUGGAAAUAUUUACUCCAAAAUGAAUGAUGAUAAAGAAGCACCGGCCUACCGUGUACUAACUUUGAACUUUAUUGUGUGUCCCUGCCGUGGUUUUAUUAUCUCCAGAUGGCUCUGACACGUUUUUUUUUAAAAAAUUCGACACUGACCACGAGUCCUUUGUCUCAUCCCAUUGCAAAGUUUCACAGUCGUUGCUCAAAUUACGCAAUUUAUUGGAUUUCCGAUAGAUAACGAGAGCUGAUGUCGAUGUCCAGCCCUUCCCUUUCACCACGAAAUCACUCUUCGUUGGCCACACUGACUACAAAAAUCUUCGCUGGCAAGUUAUUGACACACCAGGCGUGUUGGAUCGACCCCUCGACGAGCACAACACAAUCGAGAUGGUUGCUAUCACUGCCCUUGCCCACCUUCAGGCUGCAGUUGUCUAUAUAAUGGAUCUGUCAGAACAGUGUGGUUACUCAAUCCAACAGCAGGUUUCACUCUUCAAGAGUCUCAGACCUCUUUUCGCCAACAAACCGCUUGUGGUGGUUGCUAAUAAGGUGAGUUAGUACAUUAAGGAAAUAAUCUGUUCAGUGAAUAGUCUUCUUUAGCCAAGCAUGAACUUUCAAGUUUUCGCCAUCGUUUUAUUUUAUAAACCACGGUGUUUCUGAGGCACAUCGCUUCUAUUACGUCACACGAAAUGUUCUUAGGGACAAAAUCUCAUCGGUCGCUUCUGUACUACAUUGUACUUUCAGUUUAGGUGACCCAAACUUAGUAUAUGCACACACUGAAACUCGUCAAGUACUGACCGAAGUCCGUAAGUUGCCUCUCGCCCAGGAAUCCUUAUUCAGAUGGAGCUGCUCGAAUGAUGAACGUGCAGCGUAUUCCGAAAUCGAUUCGCACAUCACGAAAUUCUGCCUUUGCACCGAAAACCUUCGCGUCCAUAUAGAGACCACCCAAAUCACUUGUAUUAGUGCUUUUUUAUUUUUAUACGAAGUAAAUCAGUGUUUCAAAGGGUAUUUCAGGAGGAUUUCUUGUCUAUUCUUGCCUCAUGGAAAGCAGAAGCCGUGUAGCUUUUCAGAAAGCUCUGAUUCCUCUUUUUAGCUUGCGCGUCCGUAUACGUUGCUGAGGCUCUUAAAUCACUUGCUGUGCAUUUUCCUCGAAGUAAUUUUUACAAGCACUAGCAUUUUAUGUCAUCAAAUGUAAUAAGCCUGCGUAUACUGGACUACGUGGCUUUCUUUUCAGACCUAUCAGAAAGUCUUUUAAGCCUUUAUCCAGUAUGUAAAUAGCCUUCUAAACAUAAUUUAUUAAGAUGAGCUAAAGACUCGUGACCAACUUCUGUGCAAAUAAGGUGUGCCUGAAGUCAUCAUGAUAAUCGUCCAAUCUCUACUAAAGUAAACAGUCCUCGCUGUCUAUACAAACUCUACUACCCUCCAGCACAGAAUGCAGCUGGUUGGCAGUUCGUUUGUGGGAGCUGAGUAAGCCUGAAAUUGCUACUACAGUGGUGCCUACUAUAGCCUCUGUGAUAAAACUUAUUGAGCCGAGAGAAAUCGGUGAAUGCUGAUAGUGAAACACCUCCCUUCGCCUGUAGACGGACGUUCGGUCGUUGGCCGAGAUACCGGACGAGGAUCGUGAGUUGAUCGCUUCACUGGUACGGAUGCCGGACGCGGAGUCUUCGAGCCCGGCCGACAUGGAGAAGCCACUCUUCCUCGAAAUGUCCACCCUCACUGAGGAGGGUGUGAUGAAGGUUCGCGCGACAGCCUGUGAUGACCUUCUAGCACGCCGGGUGGAAGCCAAAUUGAGGGCCGGUGCUGCCAGCCUUCGUGAGGGCUCCAUCGCCAACCGGCUGUACGUGGCCUACCCCAAACCCCGGGCUGGCGAGGUAAGUGCUUUUUGCCGUUGCUGCUUCGUUCGCCUGUUCAUUCAGCUUUCGUUGACAAUCUAUUUCGCUGUGAGAAAAACGUAUGGCCUUCAGAGCAUAGUAGGACGAGAGAAUCAUUUUAAUUGGAGUAGAUUACGAAAGAUAGUGAAAUUUGACAGCCAGAAAAGCGUCCCAAGGCGGGACUAAAUCGUCCAUUCGGUCUUUGCCUCCCAGGGCUGACAUAUUUUCCCAAGACGGACAACUAUUUUGUUGACCUUAAAAAUCGAAUGUUUUGUGUCUGGAAGAGGCAGUUGUAUUCAACAGUGUACUGUACUGUGUACUUUUCCGCGGCUUAAAGACAUGCAUGCAGUACCCAAGUGCCACGCCGCUAGUAUCGUGGUUAAGCGGGGUGAAAUAUAUGAAAUAGCAGAAGCCCCGACGUAAAGUUGGGGGAUCGAGGCACAUGCUUCUGAAGUUUAUGGCGUCCCUGUCUACCAUACUACAGUAAGUGACGUAAUUCAAAAAACGUGCGAAUUCAUUAAAAAUCUCUAAUCAGUAGGAAACAUACACAAGUGCAUCGACCAAAGCUCCCAGGUCUUGACAUAGAGGAUUAUCUGGGCGUAAGGCGACGUCGAUUUCCGCCCUGAAAUUGUAAACUUCGGCGGCGAAAGGAAUUAAAAACAUAUCCUGCUUGGAAAGGGUUUUUUUUCGAAAGCCGUUGGCCAAAAAGUGGGGUGCACAACGUUUGAGAUCCCCUGACCCAAUCGUCUAGAUUUUAUUCUUCACUUACUUCAUCUGUUGUAUGACUCAACAGGGUGUUCUAGUAUAGAAAGCAGCUGCAUCAAAUCUUUCAACACGAAUGUCAAUACUUGUGCUUGAGAGGGCUUAUCUACGCAUAAUUCCUUGCCCCAAACAGCCAUUAGUGCAGUUUAGUUUGAAUAGUAAGGAGAAAGUGCUACCAGUAGCGACUGUGAAAUUGUUAUUAGAUAGUGUAUUUUAGUGAACACGAGCCGUGCCGAGUUCUAAACUGAAUUCUGAACAUCGUCUGUGACUGAGAAUGCGUUGCAUUAUGUCGUUUGCCAAUCCGCGACGUGUGUGAUCAUUAUGCUCUGGCUUCAGCGGGAGGCUCAUCGACUGACUUUUCGUUUACCGUAGUGGUCGUCAUUCUUAAGGAAGUUGGAGUUCCGCAAAUAUUCCCAUGUUAAAAUUGAAAAGUCAAGUUGGCGAACGCACGCCUGGUAAAGAGGGUACGUGAACAUAUGCCCGCCUGGCUAGACAGAGGUGAGACCCGGUCGAUUUCGAGUUCUAUUCUCGCGCAUUUAAUCGAUACGAACCACCGAGUCGAUGCCAAGAAAGCAUUUCAGGUUGUCUACCGGACACCAACAUGCUUCGUUAAAGGCCUACGCCAACGGAUACUAGCAACGGCAGAGGCAGUAGCUAUACGGUUAGCGAAUCCGGUGUUAUGUUGUCAGAAAAUUCUGACACAAGCGCUUUCGCUGCCGUGGCCAACGCCAACCCCAAGUGAUGAAGCCAUGCCGCCUCAAAUCCCUAAUCACGAUGAUGGGUACUCCGUGUACUCAACCCAAGAUCAUUACUCAAAGACUCUCUUACCCCCCUCCCCUAGCCCUGACGACUAACAUCCGCCGACCUUCUCAUGCGGGCGGCGUGGGGAUGAUGAGUGUUAGUGACUUAAUAGCCCUUGGGGCAUCUAUAAACACUGUUGAUUUUGUACAUUUUCAUUCGUUCAUGUAAUUGUAUUGGCCUGAGGAAGAAUUACCGAAAACGUGCGUUCGCCAACUUGACUUUUCAAAGUUGGAGUUGUUUUUUUGAAUUAAGUCCAUUAUUUUUGACACCGUCAGGAUUUCCGGGCCGUGGCAGCGCCCGCGUCCAAAAUCCCAUUCUUAAACUGUAGCCGAUGUAGAUGUAGCAGCCAGAAGAAACUCGAAAAAUGCCCCAUUAUUUGAUGCACCUCCCCGGCAUGUUUCAGACUUGUCUACGAGUAAUCAGUAACUAGGAUAGUUUACUUUCUGGAUGCACUGAAUGUGUAUUUUAGAAGCAUUUUAUCACUUUUGACUAAACUAUAUCAUUGGCUGUAUUAGUCUGACACUUGCCUUGAAUUAUAGCGCUGUCUUAGCGAAGUAUAAAGUUUUGUUUUCGCGCGACAUCACAUAGCUUAAAGAAACUACUUUAUUUCGACUCGGUAGUGGACAAUUUUCACACGUUUAAACCUCUCGUCAAUUAUUCGCUUGAGGAGAGAAUCAAUCCACCUGUCUUGUUGGCCUUGACCGCUCUUAUCUUCCUCCCUGGCUCAAGGCUCAACCCUGCAUUCACUGACUGCUUAUGUCUAGCUUAAUGGCCCUAAGUGGGAUUCGUCGCUGUUAUGCUAGAAAAGAAAGAAGCGCGACAUUGGUUCAUAAAACGCAUUGGACAAACUGUGUGAGCCCUUAACUAUUCCUCUACAUGCGUAUGACACACGUUGGACGGAGGUCCACGUCACUUCAACGACUGUGUCUGAUUUCGUCCGCAGUCAGACGUCAGACUCCGAAUGUUACUGGAACAUGUAAAAUGGACGAGAGGUUGCGGCUGAUACUUCGACCUCCUUCCUCAUAGAAACUCGGUACAUUCUGCGCUGUAACCCGGCUGACGUGCUGAGGGGCACGGUUUGCAAAACUGCUAUCUGUCAGAGUUUGCGCGUUUCUCCUAUAAAACGAAUGCUUUGGCCUUCUUAUGUGUCCUUCUUAUGUGCUGCCAGAACCUCUGAGGUGGCACUGACGAAGUCCUAUAUUUAUGAACGAUCGGUGAGCGCCCCCUACCAUUAUUUCUAACUAUAAUAGUUUGCCUACUUUAAGAUUGUAAGUAACAACUUAGUUGUUUAUUUACCAUGAAGUCCCUGGCAGACCGCCCGCCGGUGAUACCCCCAGCGGUCUUAGAAAAACGUAAACGCGCGGCGGAGGACAGCACCCGCGAGGAUGCACCGAUGGAAACGGAUGGCAAUGCAGAAGAGGAUGUCAGUUCAGCGAAGCGACCACGCCUCACAAUGCGCGAGCGCGAGCUGGCCGAGGGUGAUGAUUUCUACCUGAAUCUGCGUGACCACUGGUUGCUGAAAAACAAAAACGAGAAGAACGACAUUAUUCCAGAAAUCAUUGAUGGUCACAACAUUGCUGACUUCUUUGACGAGGACAUUGAAGCCAAGCUGAAUGAACUAGAGGCUCAGGAGCGGGAGCUGGAGGAUGUGGGCUUCUAUGAGGCCGGCGAUCUCCACGACCCUGACGACGAUGACCCAGAAAUGCAGAAAAUUAGAUCUACGGCCAGAAAGUAAGUUGCAGCCACCCCUCCCUGUCUGCAUUCCUUAUCAACUGUCAUUCUGUUCGAGGGUCAAAAUGUUGUUAUAUUUUCUCCCUGGUAGCCUACUUUUAGCACUCAUGCAAAGAUUUAUCCAAUGUGUGCUCUUCACAAGUUUUCUUUUAAACCAGCCCGGUCCUCUGUUUCACUGGCUUUCCGUCCUUUUUAUCUCAGUGAUUAUUGUUGUUUUGAGUAGGCACUUGCCCCUCUGAAAGCCAUUGGUUCCUGGCGUUUCCGACCAGAGCGCAUGGAACGCUGCCCCUCGGUCAUCCAGAAGCCUGGUCAAGCCGUGACUCGUCAGACAGGCGUUGUGUGGGGGUCGAGUAGGUGGAGGUUCCCGGGUUCGAAGCCCAAUGUCUCUAUCCUCCCCUCCGGCGCAGCAUGUUUGGUUUCCAAAACUGUGCCGGAGGUCGUCGGUCUAAGUUUUAUUGGCUGGCAUAUGACGUUUGGCAUGGCCAGUUCGGUAGUGUGUGCCAUGUCCUUUUUGGGGUUCGUUUGUUUUGGGUUGUGUUCAUCCUAAAGGACUAACAGCGAUUUCACUUUUACGGUCUUCAACUAUAGCUCAAUUAUUCUGCCUUUAGGCAUGUUGCUAAACUAGUUGUCAUGUAUAUUCUUGUUGCUGUGGUGAGGUGCCGUUGACCCAGAAUACCACUGGAGUUUUCAGCCCAGCUCCCCACUGAACCCAGUUGUACAGUAUAUGUGCUACUUCAUGAAAUGUUAACUGAACUUCAGAAAUGCGUUUUCGAUUCAAAAAGAUUGCCUAAGUAGCAUUGCGACAUUAAUCAUCAUGAAGCAUAAUCAUAAAGCAUUUUAGUUACUUCAGGGUGCCGGCUUUUGAAUGAACUUCUUUCAGGCCGCCUGCAAAAACUACGCACUGUAAAAAUGAUUACUUAAGUGGUAUGAAUUUUCCUCAUGAUCAAAAACUCAAAACCCAACUGAACCCCGUCCUUCAAGUAUAACAUUUAAAGGAAAUUACGUUUUCAUCCAAUUUUAUACUUGAUGGAAGGAUUCAAUUGUGUUUUGAAAAGGUCUUUAAUUAUGACAUUUUUAAGACCAUGAAAUGCCCCUUCAUGAAACAUUGUGUCUCUGCGUUUAUUUCACAUUGACCCAACUGUGAAAAACUCGGCGCCUCGGUGGGAUUCGAACCCACGCCGUAAGGGGAAGGCUUUAGUCCAGCCAACGCUCUAACCACUUGAGCUACGAGGCCCCGCCGAACGACGCGAGCUUAAUCACAUUUGGGUUAAGUUACUCGCCCAACUUACUGCAACGUCUGGAACCCACAAAUGUUGCUUGUAACGUUUACAAUAUAGCUCAAAUCCACUGCCAAACUUUAUGAAUUCCAUGUUCUUCUCUUAAUACCAUAUAGAAAUGUAUGACUCUCCGUACAGGGUAAACGUACAGCUUGUGGUUUGGAAAUCCUGAAUGCAAGUUUAACGACAGGUCGGAUUCGAAGUUAUUCGGAAACUAUAACCUUUUUUAAGUAUGAAAUUGAAGGAAAACGUAAUUUUCCAACAAAUGAGUAAGGAAACAAGUGUUUUGUGCACAUUCUCUAUGAAAUGUAGUUAAAUUUAUCAGGCCAUCGAGAAUCGAUUAGAAAAAUUCAUACUACUUGAGCAGUCAUUUUUUACAGAGCGUAGUUUUUGCAGGCGGCUGAAAAUAAUUUCGUUCAAAAGCCGACACCCAGAAGUAACCGAAUUAUCAUGGGAUUGUGUUGCACGGUGAUUAAUCUUAUAGCCCUACUCAAGCAAUCUUUUCGAAUCGAAGACGCAAUUUCGGUUAGCAUUUCAUGAGUUAUCGCACUUUGCGCAGUUUUCAUAUCGCCUCCACUGCAUCCUUUCGAUCGUCUCCCUUCCCAAACAUUGUUUACGAACUGGCCCGUUGUGCACCAUGCUACUUAAAUGAACAUCGAUACCAGCGUAGAACACCCAAUAGUUCGAUCGUCGCAUCCGACGAUGUCCACCGUAUGCCCCACAGCAGCAGAUGGUGGGUAGAACACCCAACAAUGCGUAAACUGCUCACCAUUCGUUCAUUUACAUGCCCUUGAUUUCACCCCCCCCCCCUCCCCGCAGGAUUCGUGAGGCCCGUGCUCUUCGCGUUCUUGAGGCGCACGCAAGGAAGAACAAGCAGAAGUCACGCGUGCCGCGCAGUCAAAAGGGUGUCAGCGGAAAGGAGAUGAAGGUCGAACUCGGCAAACUGGGUCUCCCUGUCGAUGUCAGCAAGGAGGUAGGUGUCGCCUUUUUCCUGCCGUUAAACCGCUGUUGCGUUAGGCCAGGUUGGGAACCACGGCCCGCGACAUACAUGGGCCUCUAACCUACAUGUGUGUGUGGCACGUUUUGGGCGAAGGCUCACGCCACCUCGUCAGCCAGCGCUCCUGAUCGUGUCUCCAGUCGCCCGAUAAGUUGCGUCGGGCCAUCUGAACACGGAAGGACAGAAAGUCGAAGCUGGCAAUUUAGCAGACUCCUCGAUAUACUAGAUUUGAUGCACUUGAAAUUGUCACGACAUACUCAAAGUCGUGGCAGGGAAAGUUUCCAUUAGAGCAUGGCUCAGGCGAUGAAAUGGGCGUUGUGAAGGUCCGCCUACAACAAACACAUUCAUGAGCAAUUCCUUAUUGUGCCCUCUUCGGGACAAUGGUAACUGCUCUUCACGCUUGCAACCAACUAUCUUGAAAAGGGUUUGCUGAAAUAUUCCGUGUUAAUACGUCCAAAGCGGGGUCUAUUUUGAUACGUAACUCUACCGGGCAUAAGGCUUUCCUAGGACGCCGCAAUCAUCAUCAUCAUCACCAUCAUCCACUCCAACCGGAUCGAUCGAUGAACGCCUCUCUACCAUCAUAAGUCAUAGGCCACCUGACGGCACGCGGCCACCUCUUCAAACCCCGGUGGCGCCGAAAUCCCCACAGUGAGCGACAGGCGUUUGAGUCACAAACUGGAUAAGUCAUGAUUCUCCAUAAACAGCUUUUAUACUCAGCCUGUGUGGCGCAGCUGAAUAGUAAACGGGAAUGUCUCUUAGAAGCAGGGCUGCGAGUCAUUAUCGUGCCGAUUACUAAUGUCUGCCUUGAAUUUUUGUCAACCGGUGUCCCCAUGACACUGUAGCGACCUCAUCCCCUAAAUGCCUAAGUGGAUAGUCCUGUGUCAUUGGAUGUUCACACGUCCUCCCCCCCAAUCCCUGCAGGUUCAGCGAAGCCAGUCACGGAAGCGAGAAGCGGUUAAGCGUGCCCAAACACCGGAUCCCUCGCAUGUGGCCGCUGUGGAGCGCGCCAACCGACCCCGAUCGCGCUCCGGUGUGCGAGACGAGAGUAUGCAUAAGGUGGCCCGCGCCAAGUCCCUGCUCGCCCUCCGGAAAGUCUCCGCCCAGUCACGCAAGGGCGAGGCCGAUCGUCACAUCCCCGACCUCAAACCGAAACACCUCUUUGCAGGCAAGCGUUCCAUCGGAAAGACGGACAGGCGUUAA